GUUCGGAAGGAAGAGGAAAAAGAACAACGGCAAAGAAGGCAUGGCCUUAAGGACCAUUAAUCUCUCCCCUUAUCCAAAGCUUGCUAUCAACAACAGCAAUGGAAUCUUCACUUCUCAGUCUUUUCCCACUUCCUUUUUACCAUCAAAAUCCUUCCUUGGGACUUUUUCUUCUUUCUCAGCGGGAUCCCUCAGUUUCUCCAUCAAUCACCAUAGCUCGUCUCCGCCGCACAUCGACGGUUCACGAUGGUCUUCUACUUUCUUCCGAUGCUUUUCCCUGAAAUCAGAGCUCUCCGUUUCUGCCGAUGGCCAUGGCAGUAACGGUGCUUCCGCGGAGAGAGUGGUGGUUCUAGUUAUUGGUGGAGGGGGAAGAGAACAUGCCCUUUGCUACAUGUUGCAGCGGUCUCCGUCUUGCGAUGCCGUCUUUUGUGCACCAGGCAAUGCCGGGAUUUCUACCUCAGGCGAUGCAACUUGUAUUCCCGACCUCGACAUCUCCGAUAGUUCAGCUGUGAUUUCAUUUUGCCGCAAAUGGAGUGUCGGUUUGGUUGUUGUUGGACCGGAGGCUCCCCUUGUUUCAGGUCUUGCUAAUGAUUUGGUAAUGGCCGGAAUCCCUACUUUUGGCCCUUCGGCUGAGGCUGCUGCUUUGGAAGGUUCUAAGAACUUCAUGAAGACUAUAUGUGACAAAUAUGGGAUUCCUACGGCUAAGUAUCAAACAUUUUCAGAUGCAUCAGCUGCAAAGCAAUACAUUAAAGAGCAAGGAGCACCUAUUGUUAUCAAAGCAGAUGGACUGGCUGCCGGAAAAGGAGUUACUGUUGCUAUGACAUUGGAGGAGGCAUACGAAGCCGUUGAUUCGAUGCUUGUUGAGGGCGUUUUUGGUUCUGCAGGUUGUCGGGUCAUUGUUGAGGAAUUUCUCGAAGGAGAAGAAGCAUCGUUCUUUGCCCUCGUGGAUGGAGAGAAUGCCAUACCACUCGAGUCUGCACAAGACCAUAAACGGGUUGGAGAUGGUGACACAGGUCCUAAUACUGGUGGGAUGGGGGCAUACUCCCCUGCACCAGUCUUAACUAAAGAACUUGAAUCUGUGGUCAUGGAAUCUAUUAUUCUCCCUACAGUUAAGGGCAUGUCAAUGGAAGGAUGCAAGUUUGUCGGGGUUUUAUACGCUGGACUAAUGAUCGAGAAGAAGUCCGGCUUACCAAAACUAAUCGAGUACAAUGUCCGGUUUGGAGACCCUGAGUGCCAGGUCCUGAUGGUUCGUUUAGAGUCUGAUCUUGCAAAAGUUCUGCUAGCAGCUUGUAGAGGAGAGCUAAAAGGAGUGUCACUGGACUGGUCCCCUGGGUGGGCUAUGGUGGUGGUGAUGGCAAGCAAUGGUUACCCUGGCUCCUACGAGAAAGGGACCGUGAUUCGGAACCUUGAGGAAGCAGAACAUGUUGCUCCUUCUGUCAAGAUAUUCCAUGCUGGAACUGCACUUGAUUCGGAUGGCAAUUUCAUUGCUACCGGUGGCCGUGUUCUCGGGAUUACUGCUGAAGGCAAAGACCUUGAAGAAGCAAGGGAAAAAGCUUACCUUGCAGUUGAAGAAAUCAACUGGCCGGGAGGAUUCUACCGGAAUGAUAUCGGAUGGAGAGCACUUCCUCACAAGCAAAUUGCUAGAAGUUCUUAGAAUAACAUUAAAAUCCCUGCUUUUGACUAGACAUCUUAUAAUAACAUCAAAUUCUGUAUAACAUAUCUUGUUCGAAAUCGGUAAAAUUUUGUUUCUUUUAAAAUCUCAUAAUUUAACAUUUAUUAUCAUA